ACCUGAUGGAACGAAAUGGUGAACCAUCGCCAUCGCGGAGCAGCCAUGACCCAAGCCAGCGAACCGUCACCAAUUUACCGUUGGACACGAAUGCCUUCAUCCAAGACAUAUUUAAGCAGCAGCAGGAAAUUCUUCAUCAGCAACAACAGUCCUUUUUGCAACAGCAGGAGCAGCUAAUUACUAAAGUGCUAGCUUCAAUUGGAUCGCGACAACAUGUGGGAAAUGAACACAUUAUUGAUGCCCUAGCAAAACACAUACAAGAGUUCCACUAUGAUCCGGAGGAUGCUGUUACAUUCAGUGCUUGGUUUGCGCGAUACGAAGAUCUCUUCGAAAGGGAUGCGGAACGUCUGGACGAUGCCGCGCGAGUGCGUCUUUUGUUGCGGAAGCUGGGUGCAGCGGAACACGAGCGAUAUGUAAGUCACAUUCUUCCAGCUAAACUAAAUGAUUUCGAUUUUAGAUCGACGACUGGCAAGCUGAGAAAAUUAUUCGAUUCUCCUGAAUCCGUCAUCGCCAAACGGUACCGAUGCUUGCAGAUGUGUAAAUUGCAGGAAGAAGACUACAUGACUUACUCGUGCCGCGUGAACAAGGCUGUUAUAGAAUCCGAGCUGGGAAAGUUAUCCGAAGAGGAACUAAAAUGUCUAAUUUUUGUAUGUGGUCUGAAAGACGACAGUUAUUCCGAGAUUUGCAUAAGGCUCCUAAAUCGACUAGAGGAGAAAAGCGAUAAAACGGUAACGGAUAUGGCAGAAGAGUGUAAACGGAUGGUGAACUUGAAGCGUGAUACGGCAAUGAUAGGCGAGGGAGAGAAGAGUGUGAGCAUCGUUCGUGGAUCCCGUGAGAAAUACCCUAAGAAGGAGCACCAAGCGUGGAAACAGUCGAAUAAGCCAAAUGCAAUAAAAUGCUGGCUGUGUGGCGGAGGGCACCAUGCGCGAAAGUGUUUCCACAAGUCCUAUAAGUGCAAUAAUUGCCAUAGAUACGGACACAAGGAAGGGUACUGCGAGUCAGCUAUGAGAUGGGCCAAUGGAAAGAAGCGAUGCGUGAAAUCGGUGAUCGUGAACAGGGUGAAUAGUGCUAGCCGUGGCCGUGUAAAUUUAUUUUUGAAUAACACCCAGAUCCCGAUGAUGGUAGAUACCGGAGCCGAUAUAAGCAUAAUUUCGAGCAAGCAGUGGCACGCAAUCGGUAGCCCUGCAUUAAUUCCUGCAAGCGUGAAAGCGAGGACGGCGUCUGGUGAUCCUUUACACAUUUUGGGCGAGUUCCAAUGUGAUAUAACAAUUGGCCAGCAGUGCAAGCGUUUUACAAUACGGGUGACAGAAGCUGACCUAAUGUUGCUGGGAGCGGAUUUAAUGGACACAUUUGGUCUUUGGAAUGUUCCUUUGGCAUCAAUAUGCAGUGAGAUAAAUGUCGUAGAAGCAAGCGAGAAUACGAAGACCCUGCAAAAAGUUUUUCCUGCAUUAUUUUCGUCGAAGCUAGGGCGAUGUACGAAAGGUUGUGUGAAGUUGAUGCUGAAAGAAGGAGUGACACCAGUGUUCAGACCCAAGCGACCAGUAGCGUAUGCGAUGUUGCAAGCAGUCGACGAUGAGCUUCUGAGGCUGGAAAAUGAUGGCAUUAUUACACGAGUGGAAUAUUCGGAUUGGGCAGCACCCAUUGUAGUGGUACGCAAGGCGAAUGGAACCAUCAGGAUCUGCGGAGAUUAUUCAACGGGUUUGAAUAAUGCUCUAAUGGCGCACCAGUACCCACUGCCAUUACCCGAGGAAAUUUUUUCCAACUUGAGUAAUUGUGUUGUGUUUAGCCAGAUUGACCUCUCUGAUGCAUUUUUGCAGGUGGAGGUAGAUGAAAAUCAUCGCGGACUUUUAACGGUCAACACGCAUCGAGGUUUAUUCCGAUAUAACCGUUUACCACCCGGAGUCAAGGCAGCGCCGGGAGCGUUCCAGCAGUUAAUCGACACAAUGUUAGCUGGCUUGGAUGGUGUCGCAGCAUAUAUGGACGACAUCGUAGUUGGAGGCAAGGACAUGGCAACCCAUAAUGGCAACCUGCGAGCGGUUUUGGAGAAGCUGCAAGAGUAUGGAUUUACCAUACGCGCAAACGCUUCAUCGAUUGGAUUAGGAGCUACUAUAUCGCAUAGGUGGCCGGAUGGAAAGAUAAAAGUAGUCCAACACGCAUCGCGAGCACUUACAGCAGCUGAGCAGCGUUAUAGCCAACCUGAUCGUGAAGGGCUAGCGAUUAUUUUUGCCGUCACUAAAUUUCACCGUAUGCUGUUUGGACGACAUUUUCUUCUACAAACAGACCAUCAACCAUUGCUCCGAAUCUUUGGUUCGAAAAAGGGUAUACCUGUAUAUACCGCAAACCGUCUACAGCGUUUCGCUUUGACAUUACUGCUUUAUGAUUUUGAAAUAGAGUACGUACCAACUGAGAAGUUCGGAAAUGCAGAUGUGCUAUCCCGGUUGAUGGAUAAACAUGAAAAACCGGAACAAGAUUUUAUAAUUGCCAGUAUUGAACUAGAUAAUGAUGUCGGAGCCCUUGUGAAAAAUGCAGCGAAGAGUUUACCGCUGGCAUUUGAACAUGUAGCGCGCGAGUCGCAUAACGACCCUUUGCUUCAGGUCGUGUAUAACUACAUACAAAGUGGGUGGCCAAAGAAUAUAGAUAAUGCGGAAUUGAAAUACUUCUACGCGAGACGAGAGUCCCUUUCAACAAUUGAGAAUUGUAUUUGUUUUGGAGAGCGGUUAGUGAUUCCUGCGUCGCAGCGUCGGCGGGUGCUAGAAAUGAUUCACCGUGGUCAUCCAGGAAUCGAUCGUAUGAAAGCUAUAGCACGAAGUUAUGUUUAUUGGCCAUUGAUAGACGCGGAUGUUGAGAAACUUGUAAAGUUAUGCAAAUCGUGUGCUUUAGCAGCUAAAUCGCCAAUUCAUAGCUCUCCAAUAUCAUGGCCGAAAACUGAUGCACCAUGGCAGCGUGUUCAUAUAGAUUACGCUGGACCUAUAGAUGGUGUCUACUUUCUUCUGGUGAUUGAUUCCUUUUCUAAGUGGCCUGAAAUUAUUUCGACUUCAAGUAUAUCCGCUAAUGCAACCGUCACUAUGUUGAGAGGAUUGUGUGUUAGAUUUGGCAUGCCUAACACGAUAGUGAGCGACAAUGGUAGGCAGUUUACCAGUGCAAUUUUUGCCGAUUUUUGCAACACUAAUGGAAUCGAGCAUAUGGGCAAUGGGCAAGCAGAAAGGUUUGUUGAUUCCUUUAAAAGAGCGCUCAAAAAGAUAAAGGUGGGGAAGGUGUCAUUACAGGAAGCCUUAGAUACGUUUCUCCUGACCUACAGAAGUACACCGAACAAGCAGCUAGAAGGAAUGCGUACUCCAGCAGAGGUCAUGUUUGAACGAAAAAUCCGUACUUGCUUGGAACUGCUGCGUCCCCCAGUACAAGUUGAAUCAACGAGCAGGCAGAUGCCACCCAGAAAGUUCCACGUUGGUGAAACGGUUUAUGCUAAGGAGUACCGUAAUAAUUCCUGGAGUUGGAUUCCUGGUGAGAUCACCAAACGGCGUGGAAACGUAAUGUAUGAAGUACAGAACGCAGCCGGAAAGAAGUGGCGUUCACACAUCAACCAGCUACGACCACGAUUGAAUAUCGGUACACAUACUGUCCAACCAGACGCUACGGAAACUUCAAUGGCUUUGAACAUUUUAUUGGAUGAAUGUCGAAGCACUGCUAGUGACAGCUUUACCUCGGCGGUGUUACCUCCUGGGAUUUCUGUGCCAUCGUCAUCGUCAUCGUCUUUAAUGUCAGCGUCUUCGUCAUCGUCGUAUUCGUCUUCGACGUCGUCUCCAUCGUCUUCAUCGUCAUCCCCGUCACUGUUACCUUUCAUGUCUGAAUCGUCUCCGUCCCUUUUGUUAUCGUCAAAUAAUACGGAUGUUCUAAGUUCUCCAGAUUUCGCUACAGCUGACAGUGCAUCAUCGCCUUCACCGGUGCAGCCCCUACGUCGUUCUACGCGUGUUCGAAGAUCGCCACAGUGGAUGCGGUCGUACCAGAGAAAUUGAAGAGGAGGGAUGUUGGGAGCCACCCUGUACAAGCCUUGACAGAGUUCGUCAUGCGCCCGAUGUUAGGCGACCGUAUGCGUGAAAGCACGAUCGACGCUCUUCGGGAUAGAGAGAUCGCUCUCUUCUCUCCCGACCGGCUAAGGCAAAGGACGUAUCGUUUGGUCCGUGUGUAAAAUAUUACAUUAUAUUAAUAAAAGUUAUUGUUGUAGAUCGAAGAUACAAAAGUGGCGACGAGAAUAAUUCUGGCGAGCUGUUUCCCGUGAUUUUAUCGAUUUUGAUUUCUAUUUUACCCGUUUUCUGUGUAAACGGAGGAUCCGUGUCUUUGA